GCAUAACAACAACAACAACAACCAUUAGUUUUUUUCCAUCUUUUUAUUGUAUUAUAUUAAAUUCUAAACUUAAAUAUUUAUAAAAUAUUUUCGCAUGGAUUUAUUAUUUACGUUUUUAAUAUUUUUGAAAUAAUUUAAAAAUAAUUUUAUUUCAUUAUAUAAAAAAUCGAAGCAAAUUCGUAGCUAAAUUACGUCAACUUAACGAGGAAACUGAAUAAAUAUUACCAAGGAAUUUACUACGAAAGACACGGAGAUUCCUCGUAAACAUCACGUGUAAACAACGAUGAAAUUUAGCGUCCACCUUACGAGGAAAUGUUUACGUGCAUUUUACGAGGAAAUAGUUUACGUGUACUUUACGAGAAAAUAUAUUACGUGUAGUUUACGAGGAAACUGUUUAUGUGUAUUUUAUGAGGAAAGUGUUUACGUGUCUUUUACGACGAAUCUACUGAUACCACGUUACGACGAAUUAUUUCCUCGUAAGUUUACGACGAAUUAGCGAGGAAAUAUACGUUACGACGAAUGACUAACGAAGAAACGGUUUUCGUAGUUAAUUCGUCGUAAAAACCGUCGUCGUUAUUUAUGCGUUUUCUUGUAGUGGUGGUUCAGUUCAAUAAAAAACAAACGAUUAUGUUCUAAAAAUCGGUCUAGGCGGCGCUUAGGCCCCCGCCUAGGCGGUAACUCGGUUUUAUCCGAAACGAUUAUUUGAAAAUCCGAUUUAUAUGAUUUAUAUCGGUUUAAGUUGUCCUAAAUCGGUUAAAAUUGGUUAAAAUCGAUCUAAAUUGCCCUAAAUAUGUUAAAUUAAACGAUAAUAUUAGUAUAAAUCCACAAAACUUUCUAAUUUCUUUUGUUUUGUAUAUCUAUUUUAAUAAUUCAUCACAAUAAUUUUAUAAUUAAAAAUCCAAAACUAAAAUAUUUCAUAUAAAUGUAAAGUAUAUAUAAAAUAAAUUAAUAAUUCGUUAACGCCUAGGUCUCGCCUAGGCCCCGAAUAAUCCGCCUAGACGCUAGUCCUCUAUAAAACGCCUAGUUACCGCCUAACGAUUUCUUGAAGAUUGAUUAUGAUUGUGAACAUGCUUUGAGGACCCUGGCGAUUUACUCGAAAUGAGCUGUCCGCACUGUUAGGAAGACUGAUUUGACCUCAAUUCGUCAUGGAUUUGAAUGACUAUCGAUGACCUACAGAGAUUAAUGCCAAAAAUCAUAAUAGCUGGAUAGUAGAGUUGGUACGUUUAGAAAAAAAAGAGUUGAUACGUUUCUUUUGAAAACUAUAGUAAUUUACGUUCUUGAUUUUCACAGUUUCUCGUUUUUGGUCAACCUUAUAACAUUUCAAUGUGUUAAUAUGACAAAUAGGUUGAAUGGUCGAUCAACGAACCUUUAGGGUUCUUAGAGACAUGUUCUUGGAUCAAUCAAAAGUUUCUUUCAAUAGCUUAUUGAGACCAAUUUCCUGCUCGAUGAAUUUAAUCAAAUCAAAGACAAGGUAUAAAGCAAAACAAUUAGUUUAUUAAUUAUCAAAGUCUCAAUACAACUUUAAACUUGAAUGCCUAUUUAUAAUAAAUCUAGAAAACACUAAUCUUAAUUAAAAUAGAAAAAUCAAUAAAAUAUGGAAAAUACAAAUAAAAGUAAAUAUCUUAAUUGAUUCCAAAUAAUAAAAUAAAUAAUAAAAUAUUUGGAUAUAUUGCAAAUACUUAUCUGCAUCAUUCUCUCCGGGUUGGAAAAGAUUGUCCUCGAAUCUUGAAUCGGUUUUUUGUAGCUGAAAUCUUCAAAAAUUUAUCUUCAAAACCGAAUUUUGCACAAACCCGAAUCUUCUGACCUUGCACGAACUUUGCACAAUUUGAAUCUGGCCUGAUUUUUGCACGGAACCCGUCCUGCACGAACUUUGCACGGAUCUCCUGCUGCACGAUUUUUGCACAUACGAGAUUUGCAAAAGAAUCUUCACUGAAAACGAAGUCGACAACACGGACAUCAUCUUCGUAGACGUCGUAGAUCGGAUCACCAUAGAUCUUUCGAUAGAUCUCAUAGUUUUCUUCUCUCUCAACAAAGGGACUUUCGUCCUGGAUAUGAUAGAUGUUCGCAUUCACCAUGACAUCCAGAAUCGUUAUUCGAUUGAAAACCAAAGAGACGCAGCUCUGAUACCACCUGAUGUAGCGGACAAAUAGGUUGAACGGUCGAUCAAAGAACCUUUAGGGUUCUUAGAGACCUGUUCUUGGAUCAAUCAAUAGUUUCUUUCGAUAGCUUCUUGAGACCAACUUCCUGCUUGAUGAAUUUAAUCAAAUCAAAGACAAGGUAUAAAGCAAAACAACUAGUUUAUUAAUUAUUAAAGUCUCAAUACAACUUUAGGCAUGAAUGCCUAUUUAUAAUAAAUCCUUAAAUCUAGAAAACCCUAAUCUUAAUUAAAAUAGGAAAACCAAUAAAAUAUGGAAAAUACAAAUAAAAGUAAAUAUCUUAAUUGAUUCCAAAUAAUAAAAUAAAUAAUAAAAUAUUUGGAUAUAUUCCAAAUACUUAUCUGCAUCAGUUAAUAUGAUAGAACUAUGAUAAUAUUCAGUCGUACUGUUUCAGAACACCAAUAGUAGGAAGUUCUCACAAAGAUUCUCAAAAUCUAUUAAAAAUAUAUAUAUGGAUGAAAUAGUGUUGUGGAUAUUUCAAAAACAUAAGAAACUCAUUUCAAAAUUUCUUAAAUAAGAUGUUUGAAGUGAGUUUUUGUGGUUUGAAAUACACAUAAUAUAAUAGGUAUAUUAUUGUAUACAUAUGAUGAACCUCCAAUAAAGAUGAACCUAAAACAUUCAUAUGAUGAACCUCCAAUAAAGAUGCUUUUAAUAUGAAUAUAUUUGAAGUUUAAAAUGGUAUAAAGAUAUAUAUAUAUUAAAAUGGGUAUAAUCUUGAUCAUAAAUAGAAAUGUAUGUCAUUGUCGUAAACAAAUACAUAAGUUCAUGUUCUAAUUAAGAUAACUGAGUAAAUCCAUCACAAACAUCUGUACCGAUGAUGAGUCUUUGAAUUGAAAGGAAACAUGAAAACAAUACGUCAAAUAUUUUCAACCAUAAUGGGAAGAUAGUCGGUCACACUCAACAACUGGCCUUUGUUUUUGCGUUGUUUCAUUGAAGUGUCCCAAACCAAUGGUGGGGAAUACUUCCUCCUUAUCUCUUUCUCAAUAUAAACGAUGCACCUUCGCUUCCUUUUAAAAAAUACACUUUAAACAUCACACAAUCAUCAAUUACUAACAAAAGCUUGUUAUGAAAACACAACAAACAAUGAGGGAGGAGGCAGUGAAGAAUUUGGAUAAGAAAAAGAAGUCUUGUUCACCGAAAGGAGUUGGGAAGUUUCUGAGCAAGAAGAAAGGAAAGUUCUACAUUAUAGGGAAAUGUAUUAGUAUGCUUCUUUGUGCACACGAGUGAUCCUCUCAUCAUCACACACAUUUGUACGCAUGUAUAUAUAUAGAGUUAAAGUUUACAUCCAUGCGGGUGUGUUGUAUAUUUAUAUUCUUGUUCUUGCCAACUGUAUACGUGUGCACAAAAAAGAUAAAAUAAUAUAUAGAACAUGCGACAUUAUGCGGAUCGGAGUACUAAAUUAUUUGAUGAUAUUUUGUUCUGUUAGUUUUAAUUGUAGGACCUCAGCUACAUUAAAUAUGCUAGCCACUAGGCAUGUUCCUUUUUUUAAAUGGAAGUAAUUUGCGAGGCUGGCAUGAUCUUGUUCUGUCCAAGAACAUUCUCGCCAGUGAGCCUCCAUAUUUGCAAGAUUAUUAUCGGAGAAGUCACAAAACAUGCGACGCAUAGGCUAGCCUGAUAGGCCAGUUCUUCACAAGUACGAGGAGCGCCGGGUCUAACACCAUAGCAAAAAUUGUUCUUUGGUAUAGCCACGUAGAAUGUGAAUGUCGCACAAACCAAGUCAAUGAGAAUUGGAUUGAUUUGCGUUUAAAUAAAAAAAUGUUAUGUUAUUCAAAAAUAUAUUUUAAAUAAUUCAAUUUGAAAACUGUGAUUUGUAUUAUUAUUAUUAUAUCAUAUUCAAAAUGAACAUGUGAUUCUAAAUGUUUUGCUAAGUUAAAGUUAAGAGCAGCAUUAACCAGGUAUAUAAGAGGGUUUUUAGAAGGGGAGAGGAUCAUAAAAAUGGGGAACCGAGGAAGAAGGGAGCCAAAUGUAGCCAAAUAAGAAACGUAUGUAGUGGGGUUUUUUUACUGUGCGCGGGCCCCACUGACACGUGGCAGCCCGCGAUUGAUUCUUUUUUAAAUUUUUUUUUUUUUUUUUUUAAAUCGGCCAAAAGAAAAAAAAAAAAAAAAAUUAGAAACCCAUUUGGAUAUUUGGGUUAAUGCUGCUCUAAGGAGCUCUUCUCUCUCCUAAAAGCUCUAACGUCUCUCUAGACUUUUCUACAGUGAAAUCGCUUCGGUGGUCGGCGUGCAUCUCGCCGCCGGUCGCCAUCUCCUUUUGCUUUUUUUUGUUGUCUUUGUAUCAUAAAUUCGAUCUUUAGAUCGAAAUAAUCUUCGGGUAGCGGACUUUCUUUUCGCAAGGCGACUUUUUGUUAUGUUUUAGUUUAAGUUUUAGUUUCCUCUCCUCCUCUGAUCUUCAACUAUGAUUUCUGAGAAAUCAGAUAUCAUCUAUCCUCUGUGAAUCUAAAAGUCUCUCUCAUUGUUGGGGUUUUUCUUGGUUUUCUAUUCAAAGAGGAAUCAAUCUCUGCCUCUGUGUUGAUAUUGCAGAGUAUCCUUGAUGGAUAAUUUAACCAAGUUUGUCGGGUUAGCUUCGUGGAUUUAUGGCGGAUUUAGAAGAGAUGGAGCGUCCACUACUGGAACGUGUUCUGUCAAUAAUCUGCUCUAAACCUGCAGAAGAUCUUGCUGUGCUUAUUAACUUUGACAAUUUGUUGAUGGGCCUUGUUGGAUUCAAGAGAGUACAGAAGAAAGGAGUUACCAAGUGGAAUCUGGGGAGGUGAAUCGAUAAUGGAAAUCAUCGCUUGGUAUCAAGGUGGUGGUUUUCAAGCCGGCGGUGAAUUUUUCCUGUGACCAAUAUGUCUCCCGCUCAUUACUUAACACGUGGAGAACUCUUGGGUGUCCACAUAACACGUGGUGUUGCAUGUUUACACACGUGUUAACAAAUGAUUCUGAUCUUAUCUUCUAUUACGGGCUGGGUUUUGGGUUUUGCUUAUACCAGUAGUUUGCCCGGGAUUUUUCAUUUCAUAAUUUAAUUUUUUUUUUUACUUUUUAUGUAAUACAUAUAUAUAUGUUGGAAUUGAUUAUAAAAGUAAUUUAGUAUACAAAUUUAAUUUUU